AUGGCAUGCUGUCCUGCGCUGCCGUGCUUCACUUCCCUGAAUGCCAUGAGGCGCCAUUUUCCAACACCGGAGGAUAAUUUUGACGUCAAGCUUGUGGUGAAAAGCAUGGGCUCCCUCCUCAGUGGCACCACUGACCCAGAUUCCUCAAUCCGACCCCUUCACGGAUCCUUGCGCAAUUUCUUGAUGGAUGAACGAUCCAGUGGAGAGUUUUUUGUCGACCUGUCAAAUGCACAAUGUGACCUUGCAUUCGUGUCACUUCAAAUGAUGAAACACGGUCUUUGCUUCAACAUCUGUGAUUUAAAUGCAGUUGGUGCCCUUAAGGGCCAUCCCGAAUUCAAAGAUGUCUCGUUGACUGCAGUGGAUGUACAGAGGUUCAUUCAAGUCUUCAGCAGCAUCAUUUUACACAGCACGCCACAUCUGUAUGUAUCAGCAUGCCCAUUCUCGCCUGUCAACUCCCCACUAUCUAGAAUGUUUCCAAAUACUCUUCAUUUAGCAUUUGGACGUGAUAUGAACUGGCCGGCUGUUCAAACCGUGCUCAGGGGGCACACAAAACCAGUUACUUCAGUCUCAUUCUCGCCGGACGGGAUGGGGAAGCCAGUCGAUGGAUAUGCACAGGCAAUGCCUGCAAAGUAUACUAUCCUUGCGCUACCCACUUUCAUCCUCAGUCAUAACCAAUGGUGCAAAGGCCUUAGAGACGUCUCAAACAAUGUCAUGAAUGCCCGUCGCGAGCGCCAAGCUCCACAGCCUCCUCCUGCUCCACAUGCUCAGUCAGAAGCCCCCUUACUCGACAAGCCCUCACUCAAUGAGGCGAACCAGCCAGAAUUUGAGAAUCCCGAGCCAUAUGAAUUGCCAGUACAUCAUUCACCCUCACCCCCACCACUGGCACGAGCAUCAGGUCUUCCGAAUCACAGGUGGCAACUACCUUCACGUUACCAAGAUGAACUUCCAGCCCUUCCCAUCCCUGUUCCGAUUCCACCUCCAGUAGAUGAUGUAGCUCAUACCAUUCCACAAUCUCCUGUUCAUUCUGACUCAGGUACUGCCGAAUUGGAAGGAGAUGUGCCGACAGUUCAAAUGAGCGGCCCUGGUAUGCAGGCUUUGGCUGACGAGGACUCAGAUUCAAAGCUGUUUAGCACCUCUGACAAGUGGCACGAGGCAUCUGUCAAUAUCAAGCUGCCUGCUGAGAAGCACAGGUAUGCAUCUGAAGCUGAUGCACCUGACUGUGCCAUGGACGGACUCUAUUACCGGAAGCCCCUAGAGGUUAUCAGGUCAGCCUAUGAGGAAGUUGCUUCAAAAUCAUUUCACAAUGUCCUGUACAAACUCUUCUGGCAGCCUGACGAGGGUGAAUUUCCGGAAUGUGUCAUUAUGAAGGUCUACAUGGCCAGUGCUAUGCUCGAUGAGCAUGAGAAGAUAAAGGCACAGCCCCAUGAGCCUGGUUGUCGGCUGGAGACCAUCGUCACUUCAAUUAUGCUUUGGUCAGACUCAAUGCACCUUGCUUCAUUUGGACAUGCUGUGCUAUGGCCAAUCUACAUGUUCAUUGGAAAUCAGUCAAAUAUACCAGGAAUUGUCCCUCUGCAUUCGCUGCCCAUCAUCUGGCGUAUAUCCCAAAGGUUUGCAUAUGUUUCGUGA